CUCUCUGGAGCUGGGAGCAAGCAAGGGGGCGGGCCUUCCGGGAGCGCGCACGCGCGACGUCAGGAGCAGGUAUCUUGUUCCUUACUACUAAAGAAAUGUCUCCACUCUCAGAGUAUGCACUGCGCAUGUCUCGUCUGAGUGCCCGGAUCUUUGGUGAAGUGGCCAGGCCUACUGAUUCAAAGUCCAUGAAGGUGGUGAACCUGUUCAGUGAGCAGCCCUUAGCCAAGAAGAAAGAGACUUAUGACUGGUAUCCAAAUCACAACACGUAUUUUGCGCUCAUGGGCACCCUCCGUUUCCUUGGCCUUUACAGAGAUGAGCAUCAGGACUUUAAGGAUGAGCAAAGACGUCUAAAGAAGCUCCGUGGAAAGGGGAAACCAAGGAAAGGAGAAGGGAAAAGAGCUACAAAAAAGAAAUAGUAUCAGCUCAUCAAGAAAGAAAAUCCCUUCCUCAGUGACUAAGAAAGUGCAUCUCAUUAUCUUUCCAUGUAUUAAAGGAACAUGCUUUCCCUCAGUAGACUUCAGUUAAGCUGUGACUGGUUUCUUGAAGAUGAUAUUCUAAUCCUUCAAAAUUAUAAUGACCUUGGUUUUGUAAUCUGAAGCAUACCUAAUUCUGUAAUGGAAUGAAUAAACUACUGUUGAGUGAUUUGUUGGGAUUGCAGUAGGGGAACCUCCCUAAA